UCUGUUGGGUUUUAGUUCGUUGAAACGCAUACGCGAUCGGAUGUAGGACUUAAGUAGUUCUGUAGUGAAGUAAUGGAGCGCACAUCCCGGACGUACUGUAUAAUUGGUGCUGGAAAGGCUGGAAUAGCGACGGCCAGGCAAGUGCUGGAAUCGGGCGGUCAAGUUGUACUUUUUGAGCAGACCGACCAAAUCGGAGGUACCUGGAACUAUACGGACGCCGUGGGAAAGGACAAGUAUGGGCUGGAUAUCCACACUAGCAUGUACCAAGGGCUGCGGACGAACCUACCGAAGGAGGUUAUGGGCUUUCCGGAUUUUCCGAUUCUUGGGCAAAAGGAGUCGUACAUUCCGUCGGAAGAUAUUCUGAAAUUUCUUCAACUGUACGCGGAUAAGUUUGACGUUACACGGCAUGUGCGUUUCGAGCACCACGUUAUGUUGGUUGAACCCUCGGAUGGGCCCAGAAAGUGGAAGGUACAAGUGGAGAAUUUACCGAAGAACAGUGUGGAAUCCUUUUUCUAUGAUUUUGUUUUUAUUUGCAAUGGGCACUAUCAUACACCAAUGAUACCGGAUUAUCCUAACAAGCAACUUUACCGAGGAAAGCAGCUACACAGUCAUGACUAUCGAUCACCGAAGCAUUUUCAAGAUGAAACUGUGCUCGUAAUAGGAGCAGGUCCUUCCGGUAUGGAUUUGGCAUUGGAAAUAUCCAAAACAGCCCACCACGUGACUAUGAGCCAUCACACGAAAGAACCGUUCAAAACCAUUUUUCCCACAAAUCUUACCCAGAAGUCUGACGUUAAAAAAUUUACGACCUCUGGCGUGUUAUUCGAGGAUGGCACACAGGAAGAUUUCACCGUCAUACUGUACUGCACCGGAUAUCGUUAUAGUUUUCCCUUCCUCGGCAGUAACUGUGGAAUCACAGUUGAUGACAACUGCGUACAGCCGUUAUACAAGCACUGCAUCAACAUUAAUCAACCUACGAUGGCCUUCAUCGGACUUCCGUACUACGUUUGCGCGGCUCAGAUGUUCGAUCUGCAGGCGCGAUUUUGUCUCCGGUAUUAUUGCGGGGAUGCCGAGCUGCCAACUAGAGUUGAGAUGCUAGCUGACAUGCAACGACAGAUGGAGCAACGGUGGCAACAAGGAUACCGUAAAAGACAGGCUCACAUGAUGGGACCUGCCCAGGGAGAUUACUAUGACGAUCUGGCCAACACGGCCGGACUGGAGCCGAUCAAACCGGUGAUGACGAAACUGCACAACGAAAGUAGCCAACGGUUUAACGAUGAUUUGCUGCACUUUAGGGACGACGUUUUUCGAAUAUUAGAUGAUGACACAUUUGAAGAACUACAGGUUUCCAGAGCAAAGUAAUUGAGAAGUUAGGCUAGCUUUUAUUAAAUUUAGAUUGCAUUGUACACGAUAUGCAAACCAACUAAAUAACAUAUAGUCAAAAUUACCAAAUCUCGUAAACCUAGAAAUGAAUGUUAGGAGAAAAGUAAAUAGCGCCUAUCAUUUCUGGCUUCCUUCUUAUUUGGUUUAGGUUUUUAUUACUGAAAAAUAAAUCUGGGAACCAAGCAAUGCAAGAAUGUUAUGGUCA